ACAAAAAAAAAACAAAAAAAAACAAUGGUAUUCACAUCACUUAUCCUCUCCCCAGCUUCGACGUCCUCUCUUUUUUUUCCUGUUUCUCACUCGAGAUUAGGUGGUUUGCGAGUACAGUGCUGCGAGGAUAGUCUUGGACGAGUAAAUAAGAAACACAUCAACAAUGGGAAUGGGCUUGCAAAGGAUUUUCUGGUGACACCACCACCUACUGCCGCCAUUAUUCCUAGGCCUCGACGUAUAAUUCUGAUUCGACAUGGGCAGAGUGAAGGAAACGUUGAUGAGAGUGUUUAUACUCAGGUACCUGACCCAAAAAUUAGACUCACCAAGAAGGGAGUAGUUGAAGCUGAAGAGUGUGGGAAGAGGAUUAGAAAAUUAAUAGAAAGUGAUGAAGCUGAUGAUUGGCAAGUUUACUUCUAUGUAUCGCCUUAUAAAAGAACUCUUGAAACAUUAAGAGGUGUAGGAAAAGCAUUCGAGUCUUCAAGGAUUGCUGGAGUCAGAGAGGAACCUCGUUUGCGUGAACAAGAUUUUGGCAAUUUUCAGGAUAGAGAGCAAAUGCGUGUUGAGAAAGCUGAGCGUAUUCUCUAUGGUCGUUUCUUUUAUCGCUUUCCUAACGGGGAGUCUGCUGCAGACGUUUAUGACAGAAUAACAGAAUUCAGAGAAACCUUAAGGGCAGAUAUCGACAUUGGUCGCUUUCAACCACCUGGUCAACGGAAUUCAAACAUGAACUUAGUCAUAGUUUCACAUGGCCUAACUUUGAGAGUAUUUCUAAUGAGGUGGUACAAAUGGACAGUUGAGCAGUUUGAGAGACUAAACAAUUUUGGAAACGGAAGUGAGCUUGUUAUGCAAACAGGACUCGGCGGAAGGUAUAGUUUGCUGGUUCAUCACAACCAUGAAGAGCUACGGGAUUUUGGGCUUACGGAAGAAAUGCUUAUUGACCAGGAGUGGCAAAAAAUAGCAAGACCAGGUGAACUAAAUUACGAUUGUCUGACAACUGGACCUUCAUUCUUUAAGCACUUCGAUGAUGCAUGGAAACAGCAAUAGCUAAAAGCUAAAUCAUGCUAUCAGAGGAUAACCUUCUCUGAGUGAACUAGUGAAGGAUCUUGGGCGACAUCUACACUAACCUGGGCAUACAGGAAAUUUGGAUUUAUGUGGAGUAUAAGUGAAACUGCUGGCCAACAAAAGGCAGACAGGAUUCAAUAAACAUGUUGGCUUUUAUGGACGAAAAUUAGAAUCCUCUUGACCCUAGAGAAAAUUGUAAAAAUAGAUUUCUGGUUAUCAUCCCAGUAAGAUGCUCAACACUAGCACAUAAGAGAAGAGAAUGUAUUGCAUAACAAAAUGUUUUUUAUCUUGUCAUGAGAACUCGGAAUAAAUUGUGGAACUCGAAGAAUAUAUAUCAUA